GGUUCUAUCUGGUUUCCCACUUCUGUUGCUACCCGAAAACGCUAAAAAGCAUGUUAUUCGAACAAUGGACACAGUUUUUCUGUUCUAACUUUCAUUUUGCUCGAAAAGAACAAAGAAGAUUGUAUUUUUCAAAUUGAUGUCAGAGCCUCCGAGGAAAGAAAUAACGUCCAAGAAAAUAGACGAAGAAUGUAUAAACAAAGAUGGGAAAAGAUGUUCUUUACUUUGGACUACUUGAUGUGGCAUUAUUCGAUAUUCUCAACACAUCAAAAAUUGAAGUGUUUUUCAUCUUUAUGAACCGUGAUUGUCGCAUUUUCGAAAAUCUUCCUCAGACAUUUUAGGAAGGAAAUGUCAUUUUUAUUUCCUUAGAUACUCCACAUUCAAUUGUUUUCUGGGAUAAUCUUGACAUUGAAAGCAUUAUUGAAAACCAGUUAUCCAAAGUUGACAAUUUCCAGCAUUUGACAAAAGUUGUAUCUAACCUCACAACCAGGCCACAAAAUAAUAAUUCAAAAUUUCAAAUUGCUCAACGCAAGUCAGUGUUUUUUGUGCAAUAUCACAUUGAACGAUUUGAUACUAAAUAACAGUAGUUUUGCAUACUUGGAAUAUAUGAAGUUUAACGAGAAAGACAUCAGCAUUUUUCUAAAACAUUGGAUUAAUGGAUCAAAUGAAAGACUGAUUCAUUUGUUCUUAUCAGGAGAAUCCGCGUUCAAUGACAGAGAAUUGUCUGUCAAAACUAUUCUCAAUGGAAUUGGUUGUGAGAGAGCUUCACCUACCCGAACAAUGUCACAUUUGCCUAGCUCAGUAAAAGAGCUUGUUGGUAAUUUUCCAAGCACACUCAAAAAUAGCUUCGACAUUACAAACAAAGACGGAACUGCUGCAACAGUCACUAUAGAAAAAUCUACGCGGGACAAGAUACAUGUUUUCUUGACUGUCUGGGAUGUAUAAAU